CGGCGUGCCUUGCGCCUGCCGUGGCAGGAAAGAGGAAGUGUGGGGACUUCCGGUUGGCGUGUGUUCUUUUCGGUGAGCAUACUCGUUUCUCCGGUAAAACAUGGCUAAAAGUUUACGGAGUAAGUGGAAAAGAAAAAUGCGUGCUGAAAAGAGAAAAAAGAAUGCGCCAAAGGAGCUCAACAGACUUAAAAAUAUUCUCAAAGUAGACUGCGAUGUUUUAAUGAAAGAUGUUCGGGAGAUAGCAACUGUGGUGGUACCUAAACAGUGCCAAGAGAAAAUGGACUGUGUGGCGAAUGAUGACGAAAAAGAUGACAUGGAAAUGGAGAUUGAGAUAAAGAGAAACAAAAAGACUCUUCUGGACCAGAAUGGACAGUACCCAGUAUGGAUGAACCAGAGGCAGAGAAAAAGGCUGAAGGCAAAACGAGACAGAAGACACGGGAAAAGCAAAGCAAAAGCAGCAAAGGCAGCAAAGGGUUUGGCCUGGUAGACCCUGAAAAAUAGAAAUGUCACGUGGUAGAAAUGCCAAGUGGGAGAAAUGUUUGAUUAGAAAGUACACAUUGAUUUCAGAUCCUACUAAAUGAAAACUCUUUCUGUUCAUAUUUUAACUUGGCCUUUUUUCACUUCAAAUCCAAAAUAAUUUGUUUUGGGAAAUUGAAUACAGUGUUUUCUUUGGAUAAGAGCUGUAUUGAUGUUUUAGUUGGAAAUUGACCAAUAUUCAGGUCUUAUCAGACAUCAAAAUCCUGUGAAAUAUUAACAUGGUUGUAAUUGUUUUUACAACUUGGUAAUUAUAGUCAGUAAAGUAAAUGAUAUACUGACAAAAAUUUGAGUGAACUCAUUUAAAAAAAGCUAUGAUGUAGUCAUAUUUAAAAAUACAAUGGUAGAUCUCAUAAGCAGUACUUGUUUGGAGUUUUGAUUUUGUAUAAUUCGGAAUAAAAGAUACUUUGUGUGUA